AUGGAGGACGCAGGCGACGAUGAUGGAGGAUCCGUAGCUUCGGACAUCGACUGCGGAGGAUCGGCGUGGGAGAAGGCAGGAGACAAGAGGUUGAUUAGUUGGGGAGGCCUGAGGACGCUGGGAGACACGGCGAAGCUGGAGCUGAGCAGAGACGAGAUGCGGCGAUCGUCCUGGUCGUUUCACACGGUCCUACGGCGGGCAUCAGGACGGGCAAGGCAGCAGAGCAGAGCAGGCAGUCAUCGCUCGCUCUCUCUCGAAACUCUGGAACUGAACCCUGCCCUCUCUCUUCCACCAUUUUUUUUCUUUGCUUUUUGGCUCUCCAAGGACCAGCAGCUCUGCUACAGUGGAACAACCAUGGUUGAUAGUGUACGGAGUAGUGUCGACCACCGUCCGUCCCUCGAAAGCUCCCCCCGUUCAAGCUCUCUGCAAGUUACGGCCCGUGAACCAUGCCUGGUUUGGUUGCAUCUCUCUCCCCGUUCCCCCCGUUCCCUGCGCAAUAACACCACCACCUCCCCUGGUGGCCCCUGGCUCCCUUCUCAGCGUCUAUCACUUCCCGCUCCCUCUCCUCCCUUUCUCGCCGAAUAUCGAAGUACUCAGUGGGAGAGAGGGAGGGAGAGGGAGGGAGGCGGCUGGCCUACCAUCGUCGUCUGCGGUAACAGUCGCCUACAGAUGGCCGUCUGGCUGCCCAUGGAAGAUCCGGCUGCUAUUGAAAUCGCAGCUUCUACUGGCUACACCUUGAGGGCAGACGACGAAGAAGAAGAAGAAGGAAUAAUGGUGAUAUUCGUUUUUGAAUCCCCGGUAUCUGCCACGGUAACUAUGACGGGAUGGCGAGUCCAGACUCUUUGCUGCCGUCUGGAAGAUAGUGUGAUAUCACACUCAUCGCAAGGCCGUCUCCUCCGUCACGACGACGAGAUAACUAACGGAGUGAAAAAGAAAAGAAGGUAUGUAGAUAUCCCCUUUCUUCUUGGAUUGUCAACAGAGGGGAGCAAGCCAACAGGAAGAAGAAAAAAAGUGAUAUCUAUCGAUUUACUUGAAUACAGCACAUCAGCAUAUGUAUUCAUUAUUAGUUACCCAGGAUACGCACCUUUGGCAGACGGAGUAAUUAUUUCUCCUGGCCAGCAGCGAUGCGUCCAUCGCAUCCCUGACGGCUUCAUCUGCCCCCUUGCUCGGUCAGUCAAGGUUGGCAGGGGGAUGCUCUUCCCCUUCGAGCGCCGUGCAGCAGCAUUCUACAGAACGGCUGGAGAGUCAACUCGGCAUCUACUUACGUUAUUUACUCUUAUUAUGAUUAUUCUUCUUCAACCGGCACGACAGUUGAAAGAUAAAAUACGACGGACGGCUUCGUUCCCUUGA